AGGCACAAGUUGUGGAGAAAGUCGAGAACUAACAGGAGACUGAGGGGAAAGAGGGAGCGGGACAGUCUGUCAGCAUGAGUCGGCAGCAGAGCAGGCCGGCGAUGGAAAGCGCUGCUCAAUAGACCGAUAGCUCGAUAUAUAUAUUUAUAUCUAUAUAUAGACAUAAAUAGGUGGAUGUCAGCUGUGUGUGAAGCAGAAGGCGACAGAAGACGAGGAGGAGAAACAUGAGUCGGCAGCAGCAGCAGUCCCAGGGAGUGGUUUUAACGGGUUACCACAGCAACGCGGAACUGUUGCCGAAAACUGGACCGUGUGCCCCCAGCUGUCCGUCAGCCCAGGACCACGAGCCCAGCCGCAGAACCGGCCACUACACCCUUCAACAGAACCAGAGCACACAACAUGAAGACAGAUCUGGGCUUUCUACAACCAACAGCAGUACAAAGCCCCCCAGCACUCACCCACCAUCACUACUGCAGUCUUCCUCCAGCCCCAAGCCGGGCUCCAGCCCCAAGCCGGGCUCCAGCCCCAGACACAGUCCUAAUCCCAGUUCCAGGUCCAGACCGCUGCCACCGUGUCAGCGGAGCAACUCUCAGGACUCUCUGGACGAGCUGGAGAUGGACGACUAUUGGAAUGAGGUGGAGAAUAUCACCCGCUCGGGGGGAGAAGAGGGGAAGGGAGAAGGUGGAGGAGAAGGAGAAACUCAGGAGGAGGAGCAGCAGAAGAUUCCUGAGGAAGGCGAACAGGAGGAGGCGUGGCUCACAGAGGCGGGACUAGCACGGCUGUUUGAUAAUUCACUGGCAGCUGACCAGGAUCAGGAAGAAGACAACGCAGUGUUCCUGUCCACGCUCACCAGAUCUCAGGUGGCGGCGGUGGAGCGCCGCGUGACAUCACUACAGCAGACGUUGCUACGGCGACGCAAUCGGCAUUGCGUUCCAGAUGUUAGGGAUAUAUUCACACCUCCUGAAAAAGACCCGCGUAAACUCAAAGAGGGAAGUGAGAAUGGACAAAAAGAUGUCACUCCAGCUGAAGCAGAGACGGAGCUGAACGUCGAAGUGGCGUUUUCGGAGCAGGCGCUCACUUACAGGGACAACCACCAAAGGUUAAAGGUCACCGCUAGCUCGAACUCACCUGACGACAAACUACCAAACUUUAAGCUGCUCAGAGACAAAACCGGUCAGACCAGAAUAGGAGAUCUGUCUCCUCUGGAUAUGAAAAAGGUGCGACGGCUGGUGCUGGUGGAGUCGACUGCUCUGUUCGACACAGCUGGAAUAGACCUGAAGGCGCACAAAGCUGUCAAAGUUAAGACUAAAGAAAGUGGUCUUUUUGGUGUCCCCCUUGUCACUCUACUGGAUCAGGACCAGAGGCAGGCUGCUGGGACCAAAGUGCCAUUAAUACUGCAGAGACUUAUUAGUCAUAUUGAGAAGGAAGGAUUAGACACAGAGGGGCUGCUACGGAUCCCUGGGGCGGCCAUCAGACUCAAGUCGCUGUGUCAGGACCUCGAGUCCUCUUUCUGGGGCGGACACAACGGGGUGUUUGACUGGCAACAGCUGAAGCAGCACGACGCCGCUAGCCUUUUGAAGAUGCUCAUCAGGGAGUUGCCCCACCCGUUGCUGACCGUGGAGUACCUCAACGCAUUUAUCGCUGUCAACAAGCUCCCCACAAAGAAGCAGCAGCUGCAGGCUUUGAACCUGCUGGUCCUUUUGUUACCUGAGGCCAAUCGGGAUACACUGAAGGCACUCGUGGAGUUUUUCAAGAGAGUGAUUGACCACCAGGCCAAGAAUAAAAUGACUCUCAACAAUGUCUCGGUUGUCAUGGCGCCCAACAUCUUCAUGUUCAAAGGCUUUCGAUCCAAGGUGACGGAGCAACAGGAGUUCUCCAUGGCAACCAGCACAGCCAACAUUGUCCGGCUGCUGAUUCGAUACCAGAAUCUUCUCUGGACAAUCCCCAAGUUCAUUAUGACCCAGGUCAGACAUCAAAACAUGGAAAGCCUUCGGAAACAAAAUAAAGAGAGAGCUGUGAGAAAGCUGCUGAAGAAGAUCACCACCGACAAACCGUCUGAUAAAGCUGUCAUUGAGGAGAGUUCUCAGGGAUUCAUUCGAGUUCAAGCGCCACAGUUCAGUAAAGUGUCCAUGGCAGUUCAGCUCACGGAAGAGUUGCAGGCUGCGGAUGUGUUAACGCGCUUCCUCAGCCAGGACAGUUCGGUGGCGGUGAAACGGGAAGAGCUGUGUCUCUAUGAGACUGGUGGAAACAUCAAGGAGAGAUGUCUCGAUGGUGAAACGUACAUGAAGGACCUCUUCCAGGUGAACCCGACAGCCGAAUGGGUCAUCAGAGCCGUGCAGCGGUGAACUCCUUCCUACCGCCGUGGCCUGCUGGGCAAUGUAGUCUCGACUGUGUCCCACCUGUUUCUGUGGUUUCUGGACGCACGCGCACCAUUGGCUCGUAGCAACUCUUUUUACACGAUCGGUUGGAUGGUUUCACCUCUCUGUGUUGCAAAUGAUUCUCCACUUAAUUGAGCAACCAGAUUAUGAGACAAGAAAAGGGAAAAUGAUGUGCUUUGAUGUACAAUAACGCAGACUUCCAUUUUUGUCCACCCUGCCUUGUGCUACAAGUAUGAAUGUUGGGCCUGACGUACCACUAGCAUAACGUUUCAGAAAGCCAUUGGACCUUCACGUCUCUGGAGGCCUGACAAACCACUUUUGUACUGCGGUGGAAAUAUAUAUAUAUAUAUAUACCAUUUCUCCCAGUUUGUCACCGCACUUGAGCCACAACAUUGUGAUUCCUAAUAUUUACGUGAUCCUGAAAGUAUUGCAGUUGUGUACUGUCAUCUAUUUGCCACUAAUCACUUUGUUGUGUCUGCAGUAAUAUACUGAAAUUAUAUAGUUUGGGGACAAUUAAUAAAUGUAAAAAACUCUGUUGAAUCAUGAAUGAAUUGCAUAACAUAAUUACACACUUUUUUUUAUACCUAAUUUUGAGAACAUUUGCAUAUAUAUAUAUAUAUAUAUAUAUAUAUAUAUAUAUAUAUAUAUAUAUAUAUAUAUAUAUAUAAAUAAAAUUAAUUAAUUAAUUUGAUUAAAAGUCCUACAAAGUAAAGCACUUCACUGGAACCAGGCUGUAUGAACAUUGGAGUGACUGGUCGUAUGUUAGGGGGUCCAAACCUGAGUGGGGGCUUCAGAGAGGAGAGGGGUGAUAAAGUACUACUGUCCUGUGAGUUAUAUGCGAGGGAGAGUGACCCCAUAACCUUUUGGAAUAACGCAAUGAUGACAUCACGGUUUUUAAUGCUACAUCAAUGUACAGCGAUGUACAUUAUAACUUUAUAAACCGUUGAUGUUGGAGUGUGUUGAUACGGGAUCCAUCUCCCAAAACUGCUAUUCGACAGUAUUUUUUUAUAUAUAUAUAUAUAUAUAUAUAUAUAUAUAUAUAUAUAUAUAUAUAUAUAUAAAAUAUUUUAUAUAUAUAUGUAUUUUUUUUAAAUUUAAUUCAUUCAAUCAUUUUAAUGAAAUAAAUUGCUGACUUUAAACUUCCUUCUUCAGUGAUACACUCUCACAUGAUGGGUUCCAAAAGUACACUUUUUUUCUUUUCUUUUUUGGCUCCUUACUCUUCACAGUCUGGAUGUCAAUUGAUAUAAUUGUACACUGGUGAAAGUUGCAUUAACCCAGGAAUAGAAAAUCUAAUUUCUUAUCUUUUUUGGCACAUAGCUGUGCUUCUCUUGGCUUUCAAUAAAAGUCUAAUCGGAUUCUGUGUGGUUUCCAAAGUCAAACGGCACAGAUAUUUCUCUUGUGGAAAGCUGUGGAGUAAACAAAUAAUGUGUCUCCAGUUGAACAUGUUUUGAACCGAGUCACUCCCUGCCUUGUAUCAUCUUGUUUACUGUGAAUGUCUUUUCCCCAUAAAAUGAUGUCUUUGCCUCUAAAAUGACCACUAAACAGCCUGUAAAUAAAAGUGCAGUUAUUAACUACCA